AUGGAAGGAGCGAGCAAUGGAGGGAUGUUGUACCACGAGGUACAAGAGUCGAAGCUGUGCGCGGUGCAUUGCGUGAACACGGUGUUGCAGGGGCCUUUCUUCUCCGAAUUCGAUUUGGCGGCACUCGCCUCCGAUCUCGAUCGCAAGGAGCGGCAGAUGAUGCUCGUCGAGGGCGGGUCCCACGCCGGCGAUUUCCUCUCCGAGGAGUCUCACAACGUCUCCUUGGACGGCGAUUUCAGCAUUCAGGUUCUACAAAAGGCUUUAGAGGUUUGGGAUCUGCAGGUCAUCCCCCUUGAUUCUCCAGUUGCAGAGCCUGCCCAGAUUGAUCCUGAGCUUGAAAAUGCAUUCAUCUGUCAUUUGCAGGAUCAUUGGUUCUGUAUCAGAAAAGUGAGCGGAGAGUGGUAUAAUUUUGACAGUCUGUAUGCAGCCCCACUGCACCUCUCAAAGUUUUACCUUUCAGCCUAUUUGGACACACUAAAAGGCUCUGGUUGGAGCAUUUUCCUGGUGAGAGGAAACUUCCCGAAAGAGUGUCCCAUGUCAUCCUCUGAAGCUUCUAAUGGCUAUGGGCAGUGGCUUUCACCUGAAGAUGCUGAGAGGAUAACUAAAUCCUGCAACUCCACAAAUGCUCAACCUCAGGGAACAAAUUGGAAUCAACAAUCUUCGGCUCCAUUUCUAUCAACAGAAGAAGCAGAAUUGCUUUCAGAAAUGGAAGACGAGGACUUGAAGGCUGCUAUUGCUGCCAGUCUUAUGGAUUCUUCCCCAGCCCCAGCCCCAGUCCCAUCCCCAUCCCCGGCCCCGGCCCAAGUCCCAUCCCCAUCCCCGGCCCAAGCCCCAUCCCUAUCCCCAUCCCCUUCCCCAUCUCCGGUCCCAUCCUCGGCCCCAGCCCCAGUGCCAUCCCCGGGCCCGGCCCCGGCCCCAGUGCCAUCCCCGGGCCCGGCCCCGGCGCCAGCCCCGGCCCCGGCCGUAGCUUCCCCAGCCAUAGCCCACGCUGAAGCUGGCAACCUGCAGAAUGAAAGCUCAAACAGCGAAAAGAAAAAUGUUUGA